AUGAGCACAACAGAAGAAUCAGUGCUUGAUUUGCUGCCCAAGUUCAGAUUCCAUCCCUCUGAGGAGGAAAUGGUGAACCUUUUGAAGAAUAAGGUGGAGGGCCAGGACUCCCAAGCCAUGCCUGAUGAAAUCGUUGACAAGCCUUGGGAUUUACCUGAUAAUGAAUCUAUCCAACUUUUUUGUCGCUUCUUGAAGAGGAUGAUGCAGGGCAAGGCCUCCCAAUCCAUCCCUGAAAUCGAUGUCUACAAGUACGAGCCUGGGGAUUUAGCUGAGCUCAUGUUCCCAGACUCUCCAUAUCAACCUAGGGCCUGGUUCUCCUUCAGCCGACCUGAUUACAAAUAUGCCAACAGUCGUCGCUGCAACAGGGCCACAGGGAAGGGCUUCUGGAAAAUCACAGGCAAGCCACGACAAGUCAAGUCUCGAAAACUCCCCAAAUCGGUCACUUGCAAAAAGAGGACCUUGACCUUCCAUGAAGGUCGUGUGCCUAAGUCGAGGAACACCGGCUGGGUCAGGCAGGAGUACUAUCUCACUCCAACUGACCCAGGUUCUAAUCCCAAUCAGCUGAGUGGCUUUGUUCUCUGCCGCAUGAAGAAUAAGUCAACUGACAAUGAGUCUGAUAAUAAGAAGCAGCAGGAUGUUUCAAUCUGUGCUGAAUCAGCUGAUCCUGGUAUUGCUGGCUGCAUGGCCUCUAAUUCUGAGCUUGAACAAGCUGCUGAAAUUCAUCUGAUUUCGGAGGCAGAAGAACAUCUGACAUACAAAGAGCUAGAACAUGUUCUCCUCGGAAGUGGCAAUCAGAACGAUGGUGAACCUGGUGGCUUUGUUUCAUCUGAUUUUGAUGAUAUGAUUCAAGAGCUAUGUGCUAAGGGAGGAGAAUAUCUGGAUUCACCUUCUCCUCCCGAGCGGCCUCACCAACACCAGCUACCUCAGCUGGGAAAUGUUCCUGUUACUAGUGAUUACAUCGGCUCUUAUUCUAAUAACCAAGCUGCUGCUAUCAAUCAUAUGAUUCCACACCCAGAAGAUUUUCUGGCCUAUAAGGAGCCAGAACAUGUUCUUGGCACUUGCAAUCCUGAUGCUGGUGAACCUAGUGGCUGUGUUUCAUCUAAUAUGCUUCAAAAGUUAUGUGCUCAGCUAGGAGAAGAGCUGGAUUCACCCAUUCCUCCUCCCGGGCCACCUGAGCUGGGAAAUGAUCCUUAUGUCUAUACUGAUGAAUGCAGUAGCUGGCCAUCUCCAAUUGGGGAUAAUGAUUCUUCUCUUCCAAACAAGAAUAGUAUUCCGACCAACUAUGACAGUAAACCAGUUAGCAACACCGCCUCUAAUUUCGAGAAUCAAACUAGGAUUUCAGAGGUUUAUUCUCAAGCAGAAGAAAAUCUGGAAUCGUUCUGUCGUCAAUUUGAGCUAGAGGGAGAUUUUCUGCAUGCCAAUAACUAUAUUGGAUGCAAUGAGUCGCAAUCUGCGACUCUUUUCCCACAAAGUUCUUGA